AGUCAUACAGUGACAAUCGCGGCCGAUACCACACGCCGCCAGUGCAGUGCAGUGUACCAACAAUAAAAAAAAUACCACCAAAAAAAAAAACAUUCAACAGUGACGCUUCAUCGAAAAAUCAGUUCCUAUCCACACCCUGUGCCUCCCCCGGAUACUCAGUGCUCAAACGGACUGUACUCCUGACAUCAAAGUGAAUAAUGUAUCGGAUUUGACGGCGCUUGUACGAGUUUCGUUAACAAAAACGUUUUAUAGGUAGUGCAACAGAGUGGCGGCGUCCAAGUAUGGCAGUGGUGGGCUGUCAGUCGGCUCCGGCGUGUCGGUGAGGCGCGGCAUGAAGUGCGCGGGGGUGGCGGGGGCCGGUGCCUCCGACGACCUGCUGCUCAGCGGCUGCUGGCUCGACCCCAAGCUGGAGGCAUCCUCGCCGCCACCCGCCUGCCACGACCUCAUAGACUCCUUACUAGCUCCUCCACCUUUAGCCGAGCUCAAACCUCUGCCCCCCUUCACCGGCUACACUGGCCAUCUCUCCAUCAACGGCAUCUCUGGCCAUCAUUUCCACGCCAUCGCUCAACGCCUUCCGGAGGAGAACAAUAAUUACCCUACUCAGAGCGGCUACGGGACUGACCACGACGUAGUUUCUUCGUCGACGUGCGUAGCCGACGCAGAGCCUCCCGAUUUGGAGGACGUCAAGCCUUUCUUGGAGCCGCAGGACACGAAACCUUUUUCGGAAUCAUCGGGACCCGGUGCGCCUGAUUCCUGUGCGGCGUCCUGCUCCCCUCCUGCUAAGCUUUUCGAAGACAAUCAUAAACAAGACAUGUACGAUAUUAGCUCGAUAGAAGACAUUGCGGCCAUCAUCGGGUCGGCGAUAGCGGACACGACUGUCCCUAACCAGCCCGAGGAUCCCGACCGGAAUGACUCUCGAGAUAGCUGGAUGGACAUCGACGCCCUGAUAUCGGGCGCCUGCAGCCAGCACGGCGACAAGAUAGUCCCACACGAUCUCUCCGAAUUCGGUCUGCCGAGUUCACCCCCGGCUGCGCCGCACAGUCACAAUACGAACAUAGAUUUUCCAUGCAAAAACCAAGACUUCAAAAGUGAUUUCCUGCAAAAGAAUUUGAACGCGGGCUCGACGCUUCAGACGCUGCUAACUCACGGCUAUAUGCCUCUACUACAUAAUAGGCUGCAGAACGGACCUCCGGUGAAACAGGAGGCGCCCAGUUCGACCAGCUACGGCAUGGACGUAAUAUCGACAUCAUCGCCUCCCGGGAACGCCGUGUCCACGACGGACGGGGUCAGCGGGCUCUUGAACGGUCGAUACGCAUCGCACUAUGCACUAGGUCUGAAGUCGGACGGCCUGUGCAGUCCAGAUCGCAUCAUCGGGUACCCUCACGCGCACACAACGACAUCCUCAACGUCAAGUAAAAAAAGAAGUCGCGCGAAAGCAAAGCAGGGCAACAACGGCAAUAACAUACACGGCACAUCAUUGGCCUUCCCCUCCGCGACCGCCGCUGAGCUGAGCGGUUUGUUAGGUAAAGAGAAGCCCGUCCAUCGCUGCGGCAUCUGCAAUCGAGGAUUCCUGAACAAAUCCAAUAUUAAAGUGCAUCUCCGCACCCACACGGGGGAGAAGCCGUUUAGAUGCGACGUCUGCGCUAAAGCGUUCAGACAGAAAGCGCACUUGAUCAAACAUCAGCAGAUACACAAGAGGAUCGGGAGAGACUGACGCGCUCCGUCGCUUGUGUCGGCUCAAAAAGCAUUUAAUGUGUGCGUGCCUGUGUGUGUGUGUGGCCCUACGUAAUGACUACAUUCCGUAUACAUAGUUUAAGGGUUAUCCACGUAUUAUACAUUAGUUUUAAGGUCAAGUGCAAUGUUAACUAGUUUUAAGACUCUCCAGAAUUUUAUUUGUAGAUUAUUUGUUCAUAAUUAGUUUUUUUUUUAAUCUACUAUUUUCGUUCAUUCCAUUUUAUUGAGUUGUUUAGUCCUCGUUAAUGAUAAUGAUAUUAUUACGUUUAUAUAUUUAGUUAUUUAGGACGUUCGGGCUAGAACGACGAUCGCUAUACAUUCGGAAUUAUGCGAUUAAAAAUAUAUGCUACUUAUAAUUCUUCUAUAUGAAUUACUCCGAUUACCUACUUAUAGUCAGAUUAUUGAUUAAUAAAUAUAAAUAUAUGUAUUAUAUUAUUAGGUACUUAAUUAAUAUAAAUAAAAUAUGACAAAGCGAACGAGGCUAAAACUAUAUUUCUAAAACAUGUUUAUUUUCAUUUUUCAUUCAUUUAGUUAUUUAAUAAUCAUUUCGUAUUUUCAUCCAUUUUUGCAUAUCCAAUCCGAUACAAUAUGGAGGUAUGAGUGCAUUUAAGGUAUAAAUAAAUAGAACUAAAGACGGACCUAGCUAGGAAUUCGUAUUGUGUCAUGUGCAAAUAUCCCGUUGGUAUUCAAAUUAUUUUUAUUAAAUUAAAUGAAAUCUAAUAUACCCUUUGUCCAUAGCUGAGACGUAGACACAGAUCUAAUAAACAAAAUGCCUUACUUACUUUUUAUCAUAUUGUUCUCUUCAAACAACUAUCUGAAUGUAUCUAGUUUGAUCAGUUAAAAAUACAUUAAUUUGCAUUAUUUGUGACCAAUCAUUCUUGGCUACGUUUAGUCAGUACUUGUUGUAAUAAUUUUACAUCACAUUGGAUUUUGACUUAUUCAAAUAGCUGUAUCACUCACGGUAAUUGAAUCGGUAUUUUUAAACACUUUAUACAGAGCCGAGUCUAAUGUGAAUUGGUAUAAAUAAUUCCCAAGUUUUCUUUGUGAAUCAGAUAAAAUGACACAUGUGUAAGUAGCAAAAUGUAAUAUAAAAAUAAACAACAGAAUACAUUCUUAGGCUUAAAUUCAUGGAAUCUCAAUAAAAAUAAUGCGAUGGUGCUAAUGCCCGAGUGAUAUCAAAAUAGCUUGUCUUAUGAAAAGUCGAAGAGACUUGAUACGUUACUGUGUUCAAAAUGAGACCUGGGAUUGCUCACGAAAUCUCAUGUUUAGCAGCAUUCAAUGGCGACGGCUGAUUCAAAAUAGUCUGCUCUCGUCUAUGAUUGAUAUUUUUAAGAGAAACAAAUUGACAAAUCUUCAUCUGAAUGAGAUUAGCGUUAGGUUGACAUGUUUGAGCGUGCUGAUAAUCUCAUGGAGGAACAAUCCGAGUAGAUUUUUUGAAUUUUUUUGGAUUAAUGUUUCUCCUCUAUCACGAAGGUAUUUUAACUUUACAGGAUCACUCGAUGUCGGAAUUGGACAGGUUUGAGCCGCGGGACACAACUAGUGUAGUAUGUUUUAUCAUGAUCUAUUUACAAUUAUUAUUAUUCGUUCAUAUAAGCCAGUGCAUAUUCUAUAUACUUUUGUUUAAUUGGAGCAUUAAAUGACUUAUUUUCUAAAAUACUCUUGGUUUUGUAGAACUCAAAUCGUCUGAAACAUUAAAAGGUCGUAUGUUGAACUUAUAAUAGAGAAACGAUAAACUUUAUGUGUGAGGAAAUUAAGAUAAUCUUUUCUGUGUACGAUAGCCGAUAUACUUAUUGAUAUGUUUUUUUUCUCAUUUAAUACUCAAUUGUAGUUCCUCUUUUAUUUAAAAACGUACUUCAAAAGAAGACUACUAUAAAUAUUAUCGUUUUAUUGUAUUUUUUUAGAAUUCAAUAAUUUUUUGUUCCGAUUUAAGAAUAAUCUAGAAGCCGAUACAAUCAAGCCUUUUAUUUUUUAUUAAAUUAAUUAAAAUAUAAAUUCACUAUUACGACUUUAUUCUAAAUUAAUCUUAUGGAAACGGGAAAUUCCAUUUCUUUACCAUAGUCACGGUAAUAAGUAUCAUUAGACGGAGAAAUUAUUUUUACGUGACGAAUUUUAAAUACCGAAAGGUUUUAAUCGAUUAUAUGUAGUUUAAAUCUAAUAGCACAGAAUCUACUUAUAAAUGCUAGUCUACUGAAAUCAGACAAUCGGUUCCUCAAGUCUAUGCUCGUUUAGAGCGUGUUCUGUUAAAUGCGGCGUAGCUAGGUUAGCAAAAAUUAACUAUUUAUGUCUCGAAGAAAGAUGUUGUAUCUUCCACUUACUUCCUUUUUACUGGUGAUAGGAUCUCUCGUGAGUCCGCACGGGUAGGUAUCACCACCCUGCCUAUUUCUGCCGUGAAGCAGUAAUGCGUUUCCGUUUGAAGGGUGGGGCGGCCGUAACCACUUAACACCAGGUGGGGUGUGAGCUCUUCCACCCAUCUAAGUAAAAAAAAGGUAAAUAAGCGUACGUUGUGGAUGUACUGGAACCGGCCUUAGUGGAUCCUUAGUGCUCAGUGUGAGAUGUUUUACUUCGUACAGCUUCCCUUCGUUUGCCACUAGGGGCGCCUUUCCAACUUAAUACAAAUUUGAGUUAACUUUAACGCGAUCGAGAAGUUAAAAAACUCACACUGAUAUCGUUUACUGAUCUACGUAAAAGUGAACAGAAAAUAACAAUUGUUUUUAGUACUAAUGCGCUACACAUACCUACUCAUAGAUACAUUUUGGCUGAGCCUUUGCUCGCCCACCUGUCCUGGUGAAACUGGAAAGGCCUUCGGGCCACCAGUAAACUUUCAAUCAUAAAAAAAAAAAAAAAAAAAAAAAAAAAAACCUACUCAUAGAGUCGUGCACGCGAUUCGGCGGAACUGCGUCCGGGAAGCGAACGGAAUAUAAAAACAGUAAAACACGGCCACAAUAAGGCCCGGUUGCGUAACGAAUUAACUAAUUAACCGAAUUCGCUAUUGCGAACGUCCAGCUCUAGAUAGGUUAAGGACUAUCUUCAAGUUAAUUACUUGUUGCGUAGACAGACAGACACUUGUUUCGUUCGUAUAAAAUAACUGUCGGAAAUCACAAUAUUCGCAUUGUGCAUUUUCCUGAUUUAUGUGUCGCUCGCAUAUGUGAAUCAAAAUUGAAUAUGUAGACAAUUAAAAUCACGUGUCAAACGAAAACUGUUAGAUGAAGAACUAACGUUACAGAAGAUUAAAAUCGCAACUCAACACAAGCUCACAUUACAUCACAUUCUUAUUCUAACACCAUCUCGUAACAUUUAAUUUUAGUGGUCUUGUAACCUUAGUUAAACCAAACAUACAUUAAUUACAUUCCCAUUAAAAUGUAAAUACAUCAGUAGAAUUAUUCAAAACAUUAUUAAUUCAUCACAAAUCUGCAAUAUACAUUAACAAUCAUCACACUGUCACUACUACAAUAUCAUAGAGUGCCUAUCUUAUUUCAUUGCUCUAACUAUAAAUAAAUAAUUAAUUAGCAAUUUAUUUCGUAAGCACAUUUGUCAUUAUCACUCUCUUUUAAUUCAUUUCCUCUGUGUCAAUACAAAACCAUGACAAUAUAAAUAGAGUAAAUAUUUCUUGACACAAUGAUGAAGAACAAAAUCACAUUAUAAAUUCUCGUUAUUAUAAAGUCCAGAACAGGUAGUAGGAAAAAACGCUGCGCUUGAAACACCGCUGUAACCGCGGCGGCACACCGUGGGCUAAACGCGCGACUGUGAAACGCUUCAACGAAUUAGAAAAUAAAUCUAACUUUUUUUCUCAUAAUGUGUACCUUGGAAAGUAUGUUUGCAUUGUUUUAAUACUUUCUCCGGUGCACAAAAAUCUUGAAAAUUUUUUCUGGCCUAGUUGUCAGUUGCGUCGUUUUGGUGAAUAAACUAAAGAGAAUCAAUCGUUUAUCAUCCAAAUACUCUGAAAACUUCAAUUAAAAUAAUCUUGAAAAGUAACUCUUAAAAAACAGACUGGUUCCGAAAAUAAAUGACUAUUAUACAAAUACAUGUUGUUAAAUCUACAAAUUUUUCUUUCUUGAAAAAAAAUAUAUUAGUGUUUCACACGCUGCGUUUCCCACGACACAUGUGUAUAGUUCUUAAUAAAAGUACCUUUUACGUUAUAAGCGUGUUAGUACGUAAGUAUUUAUUGAUAUUAUUAAUUAUUAUUAUAGGAUUAUUAUUGUAUAGCCUUCCAUUAGUUCAGUAUAAGUAAGUACACAGGACGCGAUACUGAGAAUUUGCGUAAUAUGUAUGUUAUAUAUUUUUGAGAAGUUAUUAUUGUAUAAUUUUAAUUUUUUACAUUUAGUUUUGUAAAUUUAUGUAAAAUAAAUUGAGAUUCUUUUUGUUAAAAUUU